CUACUACGGCGAGAACAUCACAGAACUGCCAAACCCUGCCAACACGAGAGCCGUUGGGUUGUGCACUGGUCAGAUCGCAGCGUCCAUAAUUGCGUCCUCCAGGAGUGUUGGCGACUUGUUGCCGCUCGCUGUCGAGGGCGUCCGAAUCGCUUUCCGCACGGGCACUUGCGUCGGUACCGUGGCAGACGCGAUCGACAGCUCACCAGAGAGCUGGUCUACGAUUGUAGCCGGAAUUUCUGAGAAUGCUGCAAAAAGUGCCAUCGCCGACUUCCACGUCGAGAACAACAUCCCUUCGUCGGCACAGGCAUACGUUAGCGCCGUUAGCGUGAUGGCCAUUACCGUCAGCGGUCCCCCUUCCACCACCAAACGCCUCUUCGCGGAAGUGGACGCAUUCAAGAGCAACACCCGCGUCGCCAUCCCCGUGUAUGCGCCUUACCACGCGCCUCAUCUCUACACUUAUGCCGACAUCGAGCGCAUCUUGAGCAUUCCCAAUGCCGAGCUCUACAAGGCCGCUCGCCCUCAGGCACUCGUCCACUCUGCCGCCGACGGCCAGUGCCACAGGGCCACCAACGCCCUCGAUCUCCUCCGAAGUGCCCUGAGCGAGAUGCUCAUGGAGCCUGUACGAUGGGACUGCCUAUUGGAGGAAGUCGUUUCCCAGAUCACCAACGUGAACAAUGCCGAGGCGUCAGUCUCCGCCAUCGGUGUCACCAACGUUGUGAACAGCCUCGCCUCCGCCCUCAAGGCCAGCGGUCAAUCUUCUGUCACCAUCCGCGACCACACUGCUUGGUUUGCGAAGCCCGACCAUUAUGCAGGCCGCACUCAGAACGACAAGAUCGCCAUUGUCGGCAUGGCUGGACGCUUCCCCAGUGCUGCCUCCCACGAGCAGCUCUGGGAGUUGCUCGAGAAAGGCCUCGAUGUUCAUCGCGAGGUUCCCACUGACCGUUUUGAUGCCCAGGCUCACUGCGAUCCUUCCGGCAAAGGGAAGAACAAGAGCCACACUCCUUACGGCUGCUUCAUCGACGAGCCCGGAAACUUCGAUCCUCGUUUCUUCAACAUGUCGCCUCGCGAGGCCGCUCAGACCGAUCCUAUGGGUCGGCUCGCCCUCACGACUGCCUACGAGGCUCUGGAAAUGUCAGGGUAUGUUCCUAACCGCACACCCUCCAGCAAGCUGGAGCGUAUCGGUACCUUCUACGGUCAGACUUCGGAUGACUGGCGUGAGAUCAACGCUGCCCAGAAUGUCGACACCUACUUCAUCACGGGUGGCGUGCGCGCUUUCGCACCUGGCAGAAUCAACUACUACUUCAAGUUCUCUGGACCUUCGUACAGCAUUGACACCGCCUGUUCGUCAUCUCUCGCUGCCAUUCAGCUCGCUUGCACGUCGCUUUGGGCCGGUGACUGCGACACCGCCUGUGCCGGUGGCCUUAACGUCUUGACAAACCCUGACAUUUUCUCCGGACUGAGUAAGGGUCAGUUCCUGUCCAAGACCGGUAGCUGCAAGACCUACGAUAAUGAUGCCGACGGCUAUUGCCGUGGUGACGGCUGUGGUACUGUCAUCCUUAAGCGCUACGAAGAUGCCAUCGCCGAUAAGGACAACAUUCUAGGAUGCAUCCUUGGAGCUGCUACCAACCACAGCGCUGAGGCUGUCUCCAUCACCCACCCCCAUGCUGGCGCGCAAGAGUACCUUUACAAGAAGGUUCUUGCUAAUGCCGGUAUCGACGCUCAUGAGAUUAGCUACGUCGAGAUGCACGGAACUGGUACUCAGGCUGGCGACGGCAUUGAGAUGACCUCAGUCACUAAUGCUUUUGCACCACGCAACCGUCAGCGCAAGCCUGAUGAGACUCUCCACCUCGGCGCCAUCAAGGCAAACAUUGGUCACGGCGAAGCUGCCUCCGGCAUCAACUCCCUCGUCAAGGUCUUGAUGAUGAUGAAAAAGAACGCCAUCCCUGCCAAUGUCGGUAUUAAGGGCGUCAUGAACAAGACCUUUCCCAAGGACUUGGCUCAGCGCAACGUCCACAUCGAGACCGAGCAAGUUCCCUGGCCUCGCAAGGGCGCCGAGCCACGAAAGCUGUUCUUGAACAACUUCUCCGCAGCAGGAGGCAACACCGCCGUUGUGCUAUCUGAUGGUCCUCUGAAGGAGACUCCCAUAGGUGUUGAUACUCGUACUUUGCAGACCGUCACCGUCACUGCCAGAUCGAUAUCAUCGCUCAAAAAGAACAUCAACAAUCUGAUCCAGUUCCUCGACCAGAACCCUGAGACUACGCUUACCAGCUUGGCAUACACAACCACUGCUCGUCGCAUCCAGCACAACUAUCGUGUCGCAAUCUGCGUGGACGAUAUUAAGAAGGUCAAGGACGCCCUGAAAGCUCAGCUCAAGGACUCCUACAGCCCCAUCGCGAUGGUGCCGACCAAGACGGCCUUCACUUUCACUGGACAAGGCUCCCAGUACACUGCUCUCGGAAAGAAGCUUUACGACGAGCUGGACACCUUCAAGGCAGACAUUGAGCAGCUCGACAAUCUUGCUCGUAUGCAUCAGCUACCGUCCUUCCUUCCCUUGUUGGACGGCACCGAUGUUGCAACACUCUCGCCUGUUGUCGUGCAGCUCGGCAUGGCCUGCAUCCAGGUCGCGUUGUCUCGCAUGUGGUCUGGCUGGGGAGUCAAGCCUCUCGCUGUGAUUGGUCACAGUCUCGGUGAAUAUGCAGCCCUUCAUGUCGCUGGCGUUCUUUCUGCCAGUGAUAUGGUUCUGCUCGUUGGCCGACGCGCUCAGCUCCUCGAGGAAGAGUGCACGGCUAACACUCACGGCAUGCUUGCUGUGAAGGGCAGUGUUGAGGCCAUCAAGGAGGCUCUUGGUAGCGACAUGACUGAGAUCGCUUGCAUGAACGGCCCCGAAGAGACUGUGCUUUGCGGCACCAUUGAAGUCAUUGAGUCCACCAACGGCAAGCUUGCCUCCGAGGGCUUCAAGGCUACUAAGCUGAACGUGCCGUUUGCCUUCCACUCUGCUCAGGUCGAGCCAAUCCUUGAGAAGUUCAAGGCCGCCGCGGCAUCUGUCGUCUUCAACAAGCCGGAGGUCCCAAUCCUUUCUCCUCUGACCGGAGAAGUCAUUCGCGACUCUGGUGUCAUCGGACCAGACUACCUUGCCCGCCAUGCGCGCGAGACUGUCAACUUCUGGGCUGCUCUUGGCACCGGUAAGGAUGAGAAGGCUUUCGACGAGAAGACAGCUUGGGUCGAGAUCGGUGCCCACCCGGUCUGCAGCGGCAUGGUCAAGUCCUCCCUCGGGGCGUGGAUGCCCACUACUGUGGGGUCUCUGCGCCGUAAUGAAGAUCCGUGGAAGACUCUAGUCAAUAGUAUCUCCACACUCUAUCUGGGUGGUGUAUACUUUGAUUGGAACGAGUACCACCGGCAGUUCAACGAUGCCCAGGAGCUUCUUGAGCUCCCUACCUACUCAUUCGACGAAAAGAAGUACUGGAUCGACUACGUCAACAACUGGACACUGACCAAAGGCGAGGCUCCUAAGGUCGCUGAGGCCAAGGCUAUUGAGCCAUCGCCUAUGCCUGUUGUGUCCAAGCUUUCCACCACUUCUUGCCACCGUAUCGUCCGCGAGGAACUUCACGCCAACUCCGGAACUGUUGUCGUCCAGUCCGAUCUGUCCGAUCCUAAGCUCAAGGCUACUAUCAGCGGUCAUCAGGUCAACGGCAACCCAUUCUGUCCUUCGUCGCUAUACGCCGACCAGGCUAUGACGGUUGCGGAUUACCUGUACAAGCAGCUGCGCCCCAAUCUACCUACUCCUGGCUUGAACGUCUGCGCUAUGGAGGUGACGAAAGGGUUGGUCCCCGAGUACCCAGCCCCUCCUGCUGGACAGCAUCUCCAGAUUGAGGCUACGGCUGACCUUGAGACCAACGAGGUCUCGAUCAAAUAUCGUACUGUCCCUGCUGACGGGUCCAAGGUGCUCGCUGAGCAUGCCGUGGGCGCUGUCAAGUAUGAGGAUGUCAACGCCUGGAAGGAGGACUGGUCGCGCAUUCAAUUCAUGGUGCAGAGCCAGAUCGACACGCUCACGCAGAAGCUCCAGACCGGUGCUGCACACAAGGUCCUACGCGGCAUGGCUUACAAGCUCUUCAAGGCCCUCGUCAACUACGCCGACAACUACCGUGGCAUGGAGGAAGUCAUCCUUGAUGGCAAGACGACCGAGGCGACGGCCGCUGUCAAGUUCCAGACGACCCCAGCAGACGGCGAAUUCUUCUGCUCGCCGUACUGGAUCGACAGUCUUGCUCAUUUAUCUGGCUUUAUCGUCAAUGCAUCUGAUCAUCUCGACUCCGACAACUCGGUCUACAUCUCUCACGGAUGGGGCUCCAUCAGGAUCUCCAAGACCUUGUCCCCUGAGAAGAAGUACCGCUCCUAUGUGCGCAUGAUGCCCCAGCCGAACAAUGUGUCUGCUGGCGACGUGUACAUUCUUGAGGGCGAAGAGGUCAUUGGUAUGGUCACUGGAUUGAAGUUCCAGAACAUCCCGAGACGCGCUCUCAACAUCAUGAUGCCGCCGCCUGGCGCCGCAAAGGCUGGUGGUGGAGCCGCAAAGGCCACCCCUGCUAAGUCUUCCAUUGCAGCCCCUGCUCCCGUCAAGACCCAGAGCGCUCCGGCAAAAGCUGCAGCCAAACUCGCAGUAAAGGCCAAGGUGGUCAAGGCUCCGAAGACACCCACCAACACCAUCACCAAUCGGGUGAUGAAGAUCAUUGCUAAGGAGACCGACGUCCAUAUGUCGGAGCUCGUCGAUGAGGCUGCCUUCGAGAACCUCGGCAUUGAUUCCCUCAUGUCCCUUACUAUCUCAGCGAUAUUCCGUGAGGAACUUGAGAUGGAGAUCAGCUCCACUCUUUUCACAGAUUACGCAACCGUCGGUGAGAUGAAGAAGUACUUUUCCCAGUUCGAUGGUGGAGUCCCUCUCACCGAUGAUGACGCCGAGUCUGAUACCACUGAGGAGACCUCGGAUAUGUCCACUCCCUUUGAGGCCGGUGUAGCCAGCACUCCUGCCAGCUCGGCCCCCAGUGUCUCUGGCGACGUCAAGAUCACAGAGUCCUAUGAGGUUGUCGAAGGCAAUGCGAGCCUUGCUCGCAGAAUCAUCGCCGAGGAGAUGGGUGUUGAUGUCUCUGAGAUCACCGAUAAGCUCGACCUCUCCGAGAUGGGUAUGGACUCUCUCAUGGCCUUGACGGUUCUUGGAGCUCUCCGCGAGCAAACCGGUAUCGAUCUCCCCUCUGAAUUUCUGACCACCAAUGUCACGAUUGAAGACAUUGAGAACGAGCUCGGCAUGCGUCCUAAGCCCAAGGUCGAGACCACCGCCAAGGUCACCUUCAAGAACACCACAAAGCCAUCCAAGCCCCAGCUCGCUGAGGUGAACAAGAAGCUCGAGAAGGCUAUCGAUGUCUCGACCCUUCCUCCAGCCAAUUCGGUCCUGCUUCAGGGCAACGCCAAGGUCGCGACGAAGAAGUUCUUCCUCAUACCCGACGGCUCAGGAAGCGCCACCUCAUACGUCUCCAUCCCCAGCAUUUCUCCCGACAUGGCCGUGUUCGGUCUUAACUGCCCGUUCAUGAAGUGUCCGGAUAAAUGGACCUGCGGUGUCGAAGGCGUCUCAGCCCUCUACCUGGCCGAGAUCAAGCGCCGCCAACCCGAAGGCCCUUACAUCAUCGGCGGCUGGUCAGCCGGCGGCGUCAUGGCAUAUGAAGUCGCUCGCAUGAUCGUCGAGUCUGGCGAGAAGGUCGAGAGUCUUGUGCUCAUUGACGCACCCUGCCCCGUCGCGCUUGACCCGCUUCCCGCCCGGCUUCACAUCUUUUUCGAUCAGAUUGGGCUCCUGGGCACGGGCAAGCCUGGCGGCACCCCCAGCUGGCUCCUUCCGCACUUCGCCUCGGCGAUUCAGAACCUCAAGGACUACCAGCCACUGCCGAUGAACCCCAAGAUCGCACCACCCGUGCUCGCCAUCUGGUGCACCGAUGGUGUCUGUCCCAACCCUGAUGACCCCCGCCCGCCCCCGGGCGAGGGAGAGGACCCCGCACCCAUGAAGUGGCUGCUAAACAACCGCACCGAGUUCGACGACAACGGCUGGGCGCAGCUGCUGCCGAAGGAAAACUUUGAGUACGCUGUCAUGGGCGGCAAUCACUUCACAAUGAUGAAAGGCGAGCACGGUGUCACACUAGGCAAGCUCAUCCAGAAAGGCUUGAAGCUAUAGCCGUCACACACCACAUCAUCCAUCUCUACGUUAAUACGAGAGACUGCAUGCAUUUCACCCGUUCAAGCGUUGAACCUUGGAAUGUGGGCGUUUUUGGGUCUGGUUUUCUAUUCUAAUUUGUAUACUGCAUGCACCACUUUCUUCGGUGUGGGAGUUUGGUUUGCUGGGGUGGGCGUUUCGGUGGUUUCGAAGCGUUGUGGACUUUUGUUCGCUUUCUUUUUCAAUGUGUUCACGUCUAAUGUUCUACUUUGACUGCGAUGCGUUACGUGUACAUGACUACCUUUUCUUAGACCAAUACCAAGAGACUACUUCACGA